UUCCCUAUAAUAGAGUGCUGCAGGAAUGAGUCCUAAAACCCAGAAAUGAGUUAGCAUUUUAACACUUCCGGUUCCCUCAUCUGGCCAUCAAUGGGUUUUGAGUUAGAUGCCUGAACUAAGGUCUGGGGUUAACGCAAAUGAAGAGAUUUUAUUGUUUUGUUCUAUAUCAUAAAGUACGUCAGUAAAUGUCCCACUCGUGAACUGUGAAGCUUUUACUCGUUUUAAAAAAGCCGUUUGCUAAAGAGUGGCUAAAUAAGACUACAAAACGUCAUCACUCCUUUAACUUAGUGGUGGUGACGUGAAGUCAUUAAACUGUGGUGUAGUUUGUUAUAGCCCAACGUUAGCGCUUUACUUCUGCUGAUGCUUAAGAAGUCUUAAAUGUUGUGUUAAUUUGUCGAGAUAAUCUUGAUGAACAAAAGGUGUAAGUAUCAUAAACGUUUGUUUCCCACAGAGCUUAUUUUCUGCAAUAAUCCAAAACCCAAUUGAAAAAUCCCAUUGGCUUUUUGUCGAGGGAACCCAUGCCAAUGCUAACUUCCUGCUUGGCCUAUAAAAAUAUGUCAUCCCUGCAUCACUCUAUGCAAGGCAAGGCAGCUUUAUUUGUAUAGCAGACAUAUGAGAGUCAUUUUUUUAUCUAACUCUUGGCAAAUAAGGACAAUUCCCAAAAUGUGAAACUAUUCCUUUAACCCUAAUCGUGACUUUUGAUCUUUAAAGCAUAAACAUUUCUAACUGCUGUUUGCAUCCUGAUGGGACUUCUUUAUCUUUUGACCAAUUUGUCCCAACAGGUCAGGACUGACGCAAUUAAUAUCCUGACCGGUAGAUGAAACUGACCCGCACCCUCAAGAUUCAGGGCAUGACGCAGAUUUGCCAUUUACCAGCCACCGCAAUUAGUGGAGUCAAAACAUCCCCGUUUAAUUUCACUUUCUUAGCAGCAAAAGGAUGAUUGAUGCAAUAGAGGAGACUAAUUGAAAACGUGCUGGCUACCGGCCACGGAGCCGAGAGAGGAAUUGACAUACUUAGCCACCAGCUACAGCGGCCAGGAUUUACAAGCAUUUGGCUGGAGGCUUGAAUUAAUUUGAAGCCUUGCAGAUGUGCAUAUAUCCUUUCAGCAUCUUGCUAUUAAAAGGACAACUUAAUUUAAGAACAUUCAUAGUCUUUAUCACCGCAGCAGAGGGAGUCUUGCUUGCUAGCAGACCAAAUAGACAUAUAUUAGGAUCUAGUUCUGUGCAAGGAUGUGAGAUAUGGUCUGUAUUUACUAGAUACCAUCCGCAAGGGUUUGAAGUGUUCACAGUCACGCACUGAAGCACAGACAGUUGGGAGCUUCCUGCCUGCAGAAUAUCAAAACAAAAAAACCCAGGCAGCAGCAUCUGGCUAAGUCUCAGAGUAGAACAUAGUAGUUUUAGCAUAAUUAAUCUAUUUUACAUCUGGUGGGACGUCAGACUGUCUGAUCAGACUACCCCCAUGUCUUCGCUUUCCCACCUGUGCACAUGUCAUACAGCCCACCACCGACCUCCUUCACCCUCCAUCUAUCUUUAAAUACAUGUUAUCUUCAGAUUAGAUAAUGCCUUUCUUUAUCCUGCUACUAUCCGGACGUGCUCCACCCACUCCCUACCCCCUUUGCUCCUUAGGUCUAGAGCUCUGUUAUCUGUGGACCCAUCUGUCACAAGGAUUUAGAUAAAUAAAUGAUGCCGAAUGUCAUUGUUAUGACUUUAAUGCUUAAUACUCCAACCCCCGCUCUGUGCAUAUUGUUCGCUUAAGGAGUGACAUAUUUGAUAUUUCAUAAGCUCAUAAGUAUCAGAUCUAUGUCUCUCUUGAUUAAUCUGCAAUACUAAUCUGCUGAAUUGAUAUUGAGGACCGUUAUUCUGUUUUAGAAGAUUAGAUUUAUUUAAAGUUAAAGUUUGUAUCACCCACUUUGCAAUUCUAUCGUGACAAUAAUCAUCAAUUGAUGAAAUUACAAAUGAAAAGGGAUGUAAUAGCAUUUCUUAGCAAAUUGUGAGAAUGAUUUCAAGCUGAUUUUUGACACCAGGGCACCAAUGUAUAAGCAGAUGUCCCCUCCCACACACACACACACACACACAUAGGGAGGAGAAAAUCUGCCAAUCCCGGCUAAAAAACAGACAGAUGACUCAUUCUUUGCCUUCAAUGCAACAUCUGCAACUUAGAUACUUUGCAGUCAUUAAGCUCCUCCAGCUUUAAGGAAGAUGCACUGAUGGUGGACAAAUCGUACACGGCCCAACAAGGGAAAACAUGCCUGAAAAUGUAACGGAUGUCCACGGGUAUUUACCUCGUAUGUCGUCAUAUGAGGGUGAAGUUCAUGACCUCAGCUUCAAUCUAUGGGAGGGGCUCCGUGAUGCCAAGGCUGCUAAUGGAUUGCUUGAAAGUUUCUACACGCAGAGCCUGGGACGUUUGGAAUAUGUUGAUCUGAUCACGCCAGAGCUCAUUGAUGUUGCAGCUUGAUUAGUUUUUAUAUUACAAAUUUGAAUGUUUUCUUUAUGAAAGUGUUGUGUUUGAGUCCAAGUUGCAACAGGAUUGUAUUCGGAGGAUCUCUUUGUGACUCAGGCCGAUGUGACCUUCAGGACCUUAAGAAGAUUGAACACUAAAAUACUUUCCAGAUAAAACAGUUGUCUGUGAAACUUGACUUCAGAAGAUUUGGUGUAUCCUCACCUGUAAACCGUCUCACCAUGGAGCACUCCCCCUCCAUGAACAUGUCAGUGGUGGAUAGAGACGAUGUGGAGGACCAGCGCCCCCUCCUCCCGCCGAGGAUGGUUCCUCCACCUCAGGCCUGCUCAGCGCAGUGUGGGAUCCACCACACAGUCCACACAUCAGCCGAACACCCCGUGUGGCUGGACAGAACCCAGGCCAUGGCCACCACUCCUCUAUACAACGGCCACCUUUACGUCGCACCUUCACCUCGCUCCAACAGGAGGGUAGACAAAGGCAAAGGGAAGAAAUGUGAGAAAAGGUCAGCGGGGAGUAGACAGAAUCCAACACACAAGGAGUGUAAUCACCAGUGCCAAGCCAAAAAAGCAGGAGCUCACAGACUCCAGGAGAAAGUCACCUCUUUCUCCGACGUCCCCAUUUCUCCUUGUGGGUCGCCCUUCAGGGGCCCCUGCAGGUCGCACUUGGACGUCAAGGAUGUUGAGGGCAGAGCGCGCCGCAAGUCAGGCAACGUUUUUUUGGAGAUGCACAACCGCCAGAGUCUCCCGGAGAUCAUCAUCACCAGCAAAGAUGACGACUUCCAGUCACACAAUGAGACGUUCCAGCAUCGCCAGGACCUGACCGAGGGCAAAGGCUUUCUCCCGGGUGCCGAGUGUCCCUGCCCGAACCCCAAUCCCAAUUCCCAAACCAGCCCAAAACACAAAGAGGACGACAAGGACGACUCAUACUCGAGGACCCACAACAUCGGCUGGCGGCUGGUCCACAGGAGGGCUCUGUUUUUGAGGAGGCAGCGGCUGAACGACUGCGCCCUGGCAGUGGGGAUAUUCGGGAUGGUGUUGAUGGUGACGGAGACGGAGCUCUCCUGGAGCGUCUACAGCAAGAGCUCCGUCUACUCCCUCGCACUCAAGUCCAUCAUCAGCUUCUCUACGGUCAUCCUGCUGGGCUUCAUCAUAGCGUACCACUGCUGUGAGAUUCAGCUCUACGUUCAUGACAUUGGUGCAGAGGAUUGGCGGAUUGCCAUGACAAGCGACCGUAUGGCUCUGGUAGCCCUGGAGCUGGCGGCGGCGGCCAUUCACCCCUACCCCGUGGGUCUGUUGGCGUACUUCCAGGAGACCUUCCAGCACACCACGGCUCACCUAUCGCUGUCAGAGACGGAGCUGGAGAUCAUCCUGGCUCUGCCCAUGUUCAUGAGGCUCUACCUGCUGGGCCGGGCCAUGAUGCUGCACAGCCGCCUCUUCACUGACACGGCGUCUCGCAGCAUUGGAGCGCUCAAUAAGAUCCACUUCAACACCCGGUUUGUGGGGAAAACACUAAUGACCACCUACCCCGGGACUGUGCUGAUGAUUUUCAGCGUCUCUCUGUGGAUUGUGGCAGCGUGGGGCUUACAUGUUUGUGAGAGACACCACAACUACAGGGAUCUGAGUAGCAACUACAUGGAGGCCUUGUGGAUGGUCUCUGUCACCUUCCUGUCCAUCGGUUACGGAGACGUGGUGCCUCACACCUACUGCGGUCGCAGCAUCUGCCUCCUCACUGGAAUAAUGGGAGCUGGCUGCACAGUCCUGGUGGUGGCGGUGGUUGCCAGGAAGCUGGAGUUGACCAGAGCAGAGAAACAUGUUCACAACUUCAUGAUGGACUCCCACAUCACCAAGAGGAUAAAAAUUGCUGCAGCAAAUGUGCUGAGAGAGACUUGGCUUAUCUACAAACACACUAAGCUGUCAAAAGAAAGAGACCACAGCAGAGUCCGCAUGCACCAGCGGAAGCUGCUUCUGGCCAUCCACCAGCUGCGGCAGGUGAAGAUAGAGAAGAGGAUACUGGCAGACCAGGGGAAUGCACUUGCGGACUUCUGCAAGGUGAGAGAGAUGCAAGCCCAGUUGUAUGACGUGCUAGCAGAGGUGCAGGGCUGCAGGGGGGAGCUGGACACACACAUCCACAGCCUGGAGAAACACAUUGAAGAGCUGAGAGAGGGCUUCAGGAGCCUGAUGCCGCUCCUGUCCAACACCCUGUCAACGCAGAACUCCUCCAUCCGCCACCUGCUCAGGGAGAGGGAGGUGAAGACGGAGACUGCUGGUGCAAGUGUGGACAGGUAGAGAGUGGCUGAAGAAGGUGAUCGAGGAGAUAUAAAGGCUUCUCAGGUAGAGCUAUCUGCCUAUAAUACAUCUAAAGUGAUCAUGUUGGGACAUUUUCCUCACAGGAGGUGGACAGAUGUGUUAAUAACAAAGUGAAGGCUGUAUAGAAGUAUGUAAAAUUGUAUUAAACGAAAUAGGUAGCACCAUUUUCUGUAGCAGAGGUACCAUACAAAUGUAGAAAUUAGUCAUAAUUCACUCCUUAUGAAGGCUUUUUGCAUCUUUCCUGGAGUGUCAGAAAAAAACCUGACUGUGGCAGUAAAAUAACCUAAUAAUAAAACAACCAAACUGUAAUUGCUUUUUUCAUAAAAUCUUUCGACAUAC